UCUACUAAACCCAGUAGUUCAUGCAACGAAAAGCAUCAUACAUACUGUUUUAUAGUAGUAAUGAAGAUGGCUUCUUCCUUUAACAAACUGCACAUCUUGUUGUGUCUCCUGUUCGCCACCCAGACCACCAUGACACGAGGCCAAACACGGGUUGACUUUUAUGGGACCACUUGUCCAAGGGUCCAAACCAUAAUCCAGGCCACGGUUCAGUCUGCUUUUCAAACUAAUCCUGGGGUGGCAGCUGGUUUACUAAGGAUGUUCUUCCACGACUGCUUUGUCUUGGGUUGUGAUGCGUCUAUACUACUUUCCGGCACAUCAACUGAAAGGACAGCGCGACCCAACCUCUCCUUGGUAGGAUUCGAAGUUAUCAACGCUGCAAAGUCGCAGAUCGAAACCGCCUGUCCUGGAGUGGUCUCAUGUGCUGACAUUCUUACUCUUGCUGCCCGUGAUGCCGUGGUCCUGGCAGGUGGAACUACUUGGCAGGUGCCAACAGGGCGUAGAGAUGGAUUAGUUUCUCAAGCAUCUGAUGCCGUAAAUUUGCCUGCCUUUAAUGAUCCUAUCAGUGUUCAAAUCAGCAAGUUUAGAGAUAAAAAUCUUACUGCUCAAGAUCUUGUUGCUCUUGUUGGAGGACACACAAUUGGGACUGCAGCUUGUGCAGUUUUCAGCUACAGACUAUACAAUUUCAGUGGUACCAACCAACCUGACCCCGAUAUAAACCCGACAUUCCUUCCUCAGCUCCGAGCUCUUUGCCCAAAUGGUGGUAACGCGUCGACACGUGUGGCCCUUGAUACUGGCAGCGUUAACAGCUUCGACACAUCCUACUUUGUAAACGUGAGGAAUAGACGGGGCGUUCUUGAAUCGGAUGCAAAGUUAUUGAGUAACUCGACAACACUGGCAUUCGUUCAGAAGUUUUCUGGAGCUAUGGGAGUACCUCAAUUAAAUUUCGGUGUUGAGUUUGCAAGAUCCAUGGUCAAGUUGGGUAAUACCGAGUUGAAAACAGGGAGUCAAGGAGAAAUACGUAGAGUUUGUUCUGCAAUCAAUUGAUCACAAUGGGGUUUCCUAAAUACGCUUGUAUGUGAAAGCCCAAUAGAUCAUUAUAUAUGCUUGUAUCCUCCUCUUUUAAUUUCAUCAUCUUGUCGUUUCAUAAGAAUAAGUUUCUUGCAUCCUCAUCUUUCCUAAAGAGGAAAGGUUAAAUGGACUACAUGUUCAGUAUGUAAAAUGAUCAACCACGAUCAGUUGUGUCUAUCAUCUUCUUUCCCACAAAAGAAAGAUUAAAUAAGAUUAGAUGGAUUGGAAUUUG